AGACUGGCGCCGGGCCUCCGCCUCGCGUCCAGCCUGACAUGGUUCUGGCGCAACGGCGGCCGAGGGAUGGCCGCGACUUCCGCUGCUGCGCAGGGAGCGCCUGCCUGGCCUGAUGGCUCCGCUGGCCGAGGAUCCCGCGUCGGAGCUGCUGGUCCACUGGAGGCAGAUUCUGGGCGCCUUCCUCGCGUUCCUCGUCACUGCGGGCGCAACCUACCACACUGCCCCGGUCCUGCUGCCCCACUGGCCGCGGAGUUCGGCGCGACGGAGUACGGCAUCUCGUGGCUCCCCGCCCUCUUCCAGCUCUCCAAGGGGCUCCUCACGCUGCCCGGCGGCUACGCGGCGCACCGCUUCGGAGCCGUGAGGUGCCUCCGCCUGGGGGCCGUCGUCGUCACCGCCGCGUCCCUGUGCUACCCGUUCGCGCAGGGCCUCCGGCUCCUGGGCGCCCUGCACGCCGUGUACGGCGCCGCCUACGACUUCUGCGGCAUCGCCACCUUCAUCGUCUUCACGACCUCGUGGUUCGAGCGGCACCGGGCGCUGGCGAUCGGGAUCCUCGUGACGGCCUUCAGCAUCGCCGGGGCCGUCUUCCCGCCCGUGGUCGCCCUGGUCGCGGCCCGGCACGGCUGGAGGGCUGCCGCCGCACUGUGCCCCGUGGCCAUGGUCGCGGUCGUCGUGCCGCUCGUGUUCGGCGUGCUCGGCGACGGCCCGCUGGCGGGCCAGCACGCCCCGCAGCAGCUGCCGCGGGCCGGAGAGGGCGACGGGAGGCCCUCCUCCAACUCGUGCUGGACCGGGCCCCGGGCGAUGUGCCCGAGUGCCUCGUCACCAGCGAGCCGGCCGCGGUGCAGGGGGGCGCCAGGCCGCGCGGCGCGGGGGGCGGGAGCGCGUCGGCCAGCUGCAUCGGGCGCGCGCACCUGGCGGCCCAGGACGACGAGGCCGCGGUCGCCGAUGGGGGGCUGCUGGGCCCGCCGCUCUCGUUCGCCUCGAGCCUGCGGCUCGGCGCCGUCUGGCACCUCGCGCUGAUGUCGCUCUACCAGCUGUACAUCCCGAGGCGGCGACACGGUGGCGGACCUGAACAAGGACGUCGGCAUGUCGCUGGAGAGGUGCAGCCUCUACUCCUCUUGGCGGCGCGCGCGAGGGCGGUGGCGUGAGGCGGCGGUCUCGCAAGAAGGCGGGCGCCUUCUCGG